AGGGGCGGGACUCCGGGCGGAGCUGGCUCCCAGAGAGCGGAGGUGAGCUGCUGUGCGUUUAGACCCGCACCUGUCGCACACCUGUGCCUUCCUCUGUGCUGACGUUGGCUUACUGGUGACUCGUGACUUUUGAUCGCCUGGCCAUGGCUUACCCGGGAUACGGAGGAGCGUUUGGAAACUUCAGCGGUCAGAUUCCAGGGAUGCAGAUGCAAAUGGGCCAGCCAAUGCCAGGGGCAGGUCCCAAUAUGUUCUCGGGUGGCUACCCUGGAUACCUGGCAUACUCUGACAGCUACUCCCCUGCCGAUGACUCCAUGUGGACUUACUUCACAGCUGUGGCUGGACAGGAUGGUGAGGUGGAUGCGGAGGAACUUCAGAGAUGCUUGACACAGUCGGGAAUCAGUGGAACUUAUGCUCCCUUCAGUUUGGAAACCUGCAGAAUUAUGAUUGCCAUGUUGGAUAGAGACUACACGGGAAAAAUGGGAUUCAACGAAUUUAAGGAGCUUUGGGCAGCUCUUACUGCCUGGAAGCAGAACUUCAUGACCAUUGACCAGGAUCAAAGCGGCACUGUAGAACAUCAUGAGCUGAGCCAGGCCAUCGCUCUCAUGGGUUAUAGGCUGAGUCCCCAGACAUUAGCUGCUAUUGUGAGACGCUACAGCAAGAGUGGCAGAAUUUUCUUUGAUGAUUACGUUGCUUGCUGUGUGAAGCUUCGCGCCCUGACAGAUUUCUUUAGGCGAAGAGACCACUUGCAGCAAGGGAUUGUGAACUUCGUGUAUGAGGAUUUUUUGCAGGGCACUAUGACAAUUUGAAAACCUAGCAUUCAAAAGGCGGAGACAUACUGCGAAUCCUUCUGCUUCGUUGAAACAGACUGGACUACCUAAAAUUAAAAGCUCACGGAACUUUUUUGUAGACCUUCCUGUGAAAGCCCUGCCUCCCUUCUGUUAUUUAACCUUAAAGCACAGUUCAAUGCAAUAAUUUUUUUUUUGUAAUGUGGGAUAUAUUAUUUUUGGAAAAGUUAUGACAUUGCAGAUAUAUGCACACUCUCUUGAAAUGUUGCUAAUAUUAUGUAACUAAUUGAUA